AUGUUCAAGGUUGAUGUUAUCGAAAGUACCGUAAAUGGUAUACCGCUUAUGCGCAGAUGCGACGACGAUUGGGUGAAUGCAACUCAAAUCUUGAAAAUCGCUGGUUUUGGCAAAGCCCAAAGAACGAGACUACUUGAAAGAGAGGUGCACCAGUUCAAGCAUCAGAAAAUUCAGGGUGGAUAUGGAAGAUUUCAGGGUACAUGGGUCCCGUUAGAUUUUGCUAGAGAGUUGGCAGAAUCGCACAAAAUUCCAAGAGAAAACGCGAAGGUACUCUACUACGACCCCCAGAAAGACCAACCGUUGGAGAAGAAAACGAAAACAAGACCUACUCCUAGUGCAUCGGACCCAAAGAAGCGCAAGUUGAAGGUGGAAACCAACGUGGGUUACAAACCAAGUAAAAAGAUGUCUCCGAAUGCCAAACGCAACUCAGAGACAUCUUUCCCACAGAUUCCUCAUGCUCCUCCUACAUUUGGAAACGCGCACACCUAUCAGACGAAUAGCCCGCAGCAAAUGCUUCCAAUGACCGCAUCGCCUUACGCAUUUCCAACGGCCCAUCAACAAUAUUCUAUGAAAGCUCCGUCGUACUAUAACGUUCCAACUUUCCAUGGGUCGACACCAUUUCCACAUCAGGGUGCAAUUGUGCAGCACAAUCAGUAUCAACCAUCCCCAGUUCAAAGAUUUUCUCACCAUUACAAUAAUUUUGGCUCUUUGUCAACGACCGAUGGCUCUCAAGACGAGCUUCGACUCAACAGGUCAAACUCAGAUACUUCAACAUCAAGUGGAUUCGAUAGUGAGCUAAAGAAUCCGCCUCAUCUUGCACCUAACGAUCCUUACAGACAGCAAGAUUCGUUCGCUCAACACCACUACAAUAUCGGAACGCCUUCUAUGGGCAACAUCUUGACGGAGAAUCACGAGAUGGAAGGGGAGGACUACGACUAUUACACCGAGAAACUACUCAGCUUCUUCGGCAAUGAUGAUGAACCUAUUCCAGACUUCAUAUUAAACCCACCAAGAGAUUUUGACAUUAACAAAGCUAUUGAUGACGAGGGUCAUACACCACUUCAUUGGGCCUCCGCUUUGGCUUCACAUCCUGUUGUCCAGGAGUUGAUUUCCAAGAAUGCCAAUCCAUUAAUCUUGAAUAACGCUGGAAUGAACAGCUUAUCCAAAUUGAUUCAUUUCACAAAUUCGUACGAUUUGAGAAAUUUCGGAGUGAUUCUCCAACUUCUACGACAAUGCUUGAUUGUUCCUGAUGCACAGGGCCGGACCCCUUUACAUUACAUCAUGGAAUUAUCAUCAAAUCCGAACAAAGUGAAUUGUUUAACUUACUACUUUGACGAAAUUGUGAAAUUCAUUGAAUUCCAACAAAACGAAGCCGAGAAGGUCGCAAAUGGUUCCAAAGCAGACAAAGACCUGCUUAGAAUUUUGGUUAAUCAUCAAGACAAGAACGGGAACACCGCUCUCCAUCUUGCACUUAGGGGAAGCGAGAAAUCUUUUGUUCAACGGCUCAUUCAGUUGGGUGCUGACGUUAAUCUUGUUGGAUUAUACAACAUUCCUGCUUCCAUUGUGGAGGAAUUACAUCUGUCCGAUGGUUCAGUCUCCGUUGAGUCGCAACAGAGCAAAUUCAAGGAACCUGCAACAUAUCAACUUGACGUUUCUGAAAUCAGUGAAAACAAAGAGAACGUUUUCGAAGAUAACAGUACUGUUAGUAAUUACAGCAGACAAGGUGGAAACAAGGACGAUGCCAUGCAGCUGUUAAAAUUUGAAACCCCAAAAAUGAACGAUUCUAUGUCAGAUGGAGUUUUUGGUCCAAGCUCCUUUUUGGACUCAAUACGGUUCUUUGAAUCCAAGUUUGCCGCCACUAUAGAAUCGCUCAACACUUCCAUCACCAACGAACUCGGAAUUAAGGACGAGGAGCUUUCGCAUAAUCUUCAAACCAUGGAGAGCAUGGAGACAGAAAUCCAGCAGCUCACAAAGAAAAUGGAGAAGUUGUAUGAAGAACUCUUGAGAGAUUCAGACGAGCAAGAUAGAGAGUUAUUGCAGAACUCUGAAUUCAACCCCGUUACUGUGCAGAAGAUUCUCGACAAAUACACUGAGAAGCUUCACAUGAAACACGAACAGCUGAUCAACAUGUACGAGCGUUCACAGGCUCUUGAGUUGGCAAAGCUGGUUCACCACGAGGAAACCCAAAUCACAGGACCGUCGGAUGGAGAGGGUCCAGUGAAGAACGUGCAAAUGGCUGUUAACUUGACAUCCCUUCAACUUGAUAGACGCAACGUUAUUGGUUCUAUAACGGCUUCUAUCAGUGGAAUAUCAAGGUCCGAUGAGGAGGAUUCGAACUCCAUAGACUUGGAAGAGAAACGCACACAAGCCAAGCUGUAUCUUUACCGGAAACUCAUCUCCAACAUCUGCAACUUGCCGUUCGACGAGAUUGACGAGGAAUUGGUGAGCGGAAUUGAAAUGCGCCUCUUAAAGGGGAAGACAGCGACCUAG